AUACACAGCUGUUUUCAGUUUUUCCAUCAAAAAUUCAACUGAUUGCGAGAUUAUAAGCUGCUUCGAUAUACUUAUAUGUCACCGCCAACCGAUGCGCUGAAUAGCUUACGUGACUCCGCAUUUGACAUUUGCUAUAGCCAAAAUUUGACAGCAACUGCAUCGUAAAAAAAUUUUUAAGCGGACUUUUUUUGUUUUCGCAAAAUAUACUUAGGAAAUAAAGUUAAGGAUACGCCAUGAAUUCGGCAACGAAAGUUGGCGAAAUAUUUACGGCCGCUGGACAAGCGUUUAGUCGUUUGGGUGAUUUAACAAUGCAACUGCAUCCAAAUGCGGAAUCGCCAUCGGGAAAAUGGACCGAUGAGGAGAUAAAUAUGCUACAUUCAUCAAUAAUACGUUUCUCAGAUGAUUUGAAUAAAAUUAGCUUAAGCAUUAAAAAUCGGACUGUCUCUCAAAUACGACAAGCGCUUAAGAAGAAAGCUUUCGAAGAUGCAGGAAUACCUGCGAAGCAGGUGCCUGUACAGCAAGUGCAACAUGUCAUCCAAGCCGUGCAACAAGUGCCCACACAACAGACACACGUCGUCAAGCAGCAAACAAUACAAUUGAAUGCAAUGCAUCAACAACAACAGCAGCACGACACUGCUAAUGUUAUAGUACAGCAACAACCGCAGUUAGUAACCACACAGCAACAGCAACAGCAGCAGCAGCAAACGCAAUCAACAACACCGCAAACAGUGCAUAUACAACACGUGCAACGUAUAUUGCCGGUGCAAACAACACGAGUGUCACAGCAUCAUCAGCAACAACAACAUACACAACCAACACUUACCGCGCCACAGUCGUUGCAAACAUCACCAAAACAGAUUAUCAUACAGCAAACCAGCGCCGCAACACAAAUCAUACAACAACCACAUACGACCACAGUAACGUUGCAGCAAUUUCAACAAAUGCAACAGCAGAAAGCAUUGCUAGCUGCUUCGGCGGCACCUACAGUGGCUACGGUCACCGAAAACGUCGUCUUACAAACGGCAUCACAGCCGGUGGUGCAGUCGGCGCAGCCGCAGCCGCAACCACAGCCGCAGCCGCAGCCGCAGCAGCAGCAGCAGCAAACAACGACUCAACAAGCUUUAGUGGUAGCCAGCAGCGCUGCUUCCAUAACAGCUGUUGCGCCAACUACAGUGAUGGUCCCCGCCGCCACAGGGGUAGCGCAGUCGGGGUCAAGUGGGGUGGCAGUAACGACUACUGCACCGCAAACAACUACGUCUAUAACUCUGAAAUCUGGUCCAGAUGUAAUGAUGACGUUAAAUCGUAUCAACACACAGGAGCACGAGGAAGAGGGUCUGCCAGCUGAUGUGGUCAAAUUGGACUUUGCGAGCGAAGAAGUAACCGGAUGAAGUCUGGAGAAUGCGGCGGUCGGUGAUGGUGGUGCAGUCGGCAGCAGCGGCAAUGGCGAUAACGUGGAAUGUGUAACGGUCGAGGAUGACGAAUAUUAUUUUUUCAAUUCAAAGAAUUAAAUAGAUUUAGUAGAAAAUAUUGAGUUUAUCACAAGUAACAAAGUGGUUUGAAAAUUGCGUUUCUAAUUUUGUAAAGACAAUUUAAGUAAAAAUAGAAUUUAUGUAGAAAAGCGGCAAAAUACAUAUUAAGCAGAUAUGGAAGGUGGUAGGUUGUGCUGCAACUGCUUGCCCGAACUUGAAUGUAAUUUUUUGGAUUUGGAAUAUUGGCACAUAAAAUUUGAUAAGAUUUU